UUCCUUUUAUAUAUAGUAUUAUAUGAAGAUGAAAUGUGAUAUAGUAGAAAUAGUGCUCAUCUUGGGAUCAUAACAGUUUAGUAGGGUUCAAAUUCUGCCUGACAUUCAAUGCUGAUAUGACCAUAACCCCUCUGACAUAUAUUCACUACAGAUGAUGAAUUAUUGCCAGAAUUGAAUAGAAGGGGAAAGGGCUGAAAUGCAUUUCAGAAACUAUACAGCAUUUUCAAUAAUGCUAUGAUGUUCCUUGCCACAAAAGUACAUUUGUUUAAUACUAGUAUAUUCUCAAUAAUACUGUAUCUCUAUGAAUCAUUCAACACUACAAUUCCAUAAAAAUCAAAAGUAUAGGUGACUUUAAGGGAAAUAAACAGAAAAACAUAAUGGGUUUCUGAAUAGGCUGAAGAUGAUCAAUGAUGAUUUGGUCUCCAAAAAUUCGAUAAAACACAUCAAGUAUGUAUAUGACUUAAAGUAGGUAAUGUGGUACAGUAGAAAGAUCAAUGAUUUGGAAUCAGAGGACUUAAAUUUGAAACUCUGGCUUUGCCAUUUACUACCCCAGUGACACUGGGCAGCUAAAUUAGCUUCCGUUUGUUUUUGUGAAAAAUGUUAGUUUUGGGCUAGGUCACCUCUGUCAUCCCUUCCAGCUACAAACUUAUGGCCCCAUAAAAAAGGCGGUAGACAAAUCAGGUACCAAUAGAUCAAAAGUCCAAAAGCAAUACUAAUAUCUACAAAAAGAACUAAAAGGACCUUGGUAUGUUACGAGAUUCUCUGUGGGCCAUUUACAGAAAGGAAGAGGGGAGAAAACAUAGAAUGAGAAGCUCCAUAUGGAUGGUAAUCUUUAUUAAUAAAGUUGUAUUCUCAGAAUUAGUAAGCAGUUUAUAGGGAGGAACCAAUUGAUAUCACACUGGGAGGCUUAAAAAAAAGAAAAAGACCAAACACACACAAAAAAGAGGCUCAUUUGCUACUCUCUCAUAAGGUCCUGUUUACGACUAAAGUUUAGGCAUGGAGUUUAGAAAAGUAAAUAUAAAGUACUAUCUAUUGACGUGUCUCCUUGAUUCCAGGAACAGAUUUCAUUUCCAGCACGCAGCUAUGAUAACUAAUGGCAAUAGGUGAUAUUACUAUCUCCAUUUCAUACGGGUUCACUGAGGAAACUAGCGGUGAAGGGACUUGCUCAGUGUCACCUGUAGUAAGUAAAUAGCAGGUGAAUUCGAGCUGAAUCUUCUGGAAGUAAGAGCAAGAGGUUCAUGGGGGAGAACGUGACAGAGGGAGGGGACAGAUUAAGGACGACCCAAGGAGUAAGGAAGAAAGUAAAGAAAGGGAGAUGGAAAAGAGGCCAAGGGAGAAGCCAGCCGGAGCGGGCUGCACGACCUGCCCUCAAGCAUUCUUCGCAUGCCUCGGGCCCCCAUGGGCCUCAGGAACAUUCCAGGAGAAAGGCGGGACUUCCUGCCCAAAGAUGAACGGCUUCCGAUCCGGAAAAAGAGAUUCUAACGGCUUUAAAGAGCCUGGUCUGGAGCUUGCGACUGGAAGGAGAAAAUGGCCGAUCCUUGGCAAGAAUGCAUGGAUUAUGCAAUAACUCUCGCAAGAAAAGCUGGAGAGAUGAUUCGGGAAGCUUUAAAAAAAGAGAUGGCUGUCAUGAUGAAGAGUUCUCCAGCAGAUCUGGUUACAGCCACUGACCAAAAAGUUGAAAAAAUGAUGCUUUCUGCCAUAAGAGAGAAGUUUCCUUCUCACAGUUUCAUUGGUGAAGAAUCAGUGGCUGCUGGGGAAUACAGUGUCUUGACUGAUAAUCCCACAUGGAUAAUUGAUCCUAUUGACGGAACUACUAAUUUUGUUCAUAGAUUUCCAUUUGUAGCUGUUUCCAUUGGCUUUGUUGUGGGGAAAAAGAUGGAAUUUGGAGUUGUAUACAGUUGUGUAGAAGAUAAAAUGUAUACUGGCAGGAGAGGAAAAGGGGCUUUUUGCAAUGAUCAAAAACUUCAGGUAUCAGGACAAGAAGAUAUUACUAAGUCACUUUUAGUGACAGAAUUGGGAUCUAGCCGAGAACCAGAGAUUGUAAAAAUUAUUCUUUCAAAUAUGGAGAGGCUACUUUGUAUUCCUAUUCAUGGGAUAAGAGGUGUUGGUACAGCAGCAAUAAAUAUGUGCCUUGUUGCAAGUGGAGGAGCAGAUGCAUAUUAUGAAAUGGGCAUUCACUGCUGGGAUAUGGCAGGAGCUGGUGUAAUCAUUACUGAAGCUGGUGGAGUGCUUUUGGAUGUAACAGGGGGUCCUUUUGACUUAAUGUCACGAAGAGUAAUUGCUGCAAGCAGCAGAGCCUUGGCAGAAAGAAUUGCCAAAGAAAUCCAGCUAAUACCUCUUCAGAGAGAUGAUGAAGAAUAAUUGAAAUGGUUUGAGUGCAUAAUUUAAUCACAAACGACUUUUCCCCACAUCACAUACUGGGGAAGGCAAAUCAUUCAAAUCCAACUGCAAAUUGAACUUGAAUGAGUAAUGCCUCUUUCAAAGUAUAAGGUUGAUUUUAAACUGUCUUUGAUUUCAAGAUUAUAAAAAUUAGAAUUUACUUACUUGGCAAAGUACAGAAAAGUAUUCUUUUAACUUCUUUUAAUGGUUUUAAUGAGGGAGGAAUAUAUGGAGGGGAGGAGGAAGAACUCCAAAAUAAAUAUGGCUCAUAAAAUAAUCACUGUCCAAUUACUUGUGAGUUGAAAUAGUCAUGGAGGAACUUCAGAAAAUAUGGUUUUCAGAAUAUCCUAUUAACUUGAUAUUUUCAUACUGAUGUGCCCUUAAGUUAAAAAUAAAUAAACUUCUAUAGGAAGAAAAUCUUAGGGCUUCAAAAGCCAUAUUUUAUUGAAUUAUAAGAUUGGAAAACUAACUUCUUCCUUAGAUAAUAAUGUCUUAUGCAACUUGGGUCUUAAAUCUUAUUUUGAAAACAGCAAUUCAAGUGUCAGAAUAAUUUUUGUAAGGAUUCAGGUGAAUAGACUUUAUUUGGUACCAAAGUCUAAUUAUUAUUAAGGAAAAUUUGCUCAGUGGCUAGAUGUUUAUCAUUCUAUAUAAUCAUAUUCUACAUUUAGUGACAUUUGAAAUUAAUACGGUUUUUGUGACUACUUAAUAAUUGUGCCAGUCAUAGGGAGAAUUUAUUUUAAACUGUUUGUUGACUAUCCUAUUGCAGAUUGCCAGGAGAAGACUAUAUUUAAAGGAUGUCAAAAUAAGCAAUGAAAAAUCCCUUGGACUAAAUAUUUGAUGCCAUUUUUAUCUUCCAAAGAGUCUUUUAUCCAGUUUGACUGAUUCCAAUAAUAUUGAUUGUUUUUGUAAACAUUCCAAUGCAAAUAAGAGUACACUCACACUGACUUCGUUGGUAUACUCCAAAGUAGCACUAUUCUACUUCCAGCAAACUUUCCUCAGCAGUUUUUGGCUUCUUUCUUCCACCAUACAAAGGAAAAUUGCACUGAUUGAUAGAUAUUUUAAAAGAAUUAAUUUAUUCAAGGCCAUAAGCUGAAAUGUAAAUGAAACAUAAAAGCUUUGUGUUGUUAAUGUGUUUCAUAUUUGGUGAAAUUAAAAAUGUUUAAAAGUGUUAAAAAUGUUCAAGUUAGGGAAUUAUAUUCAUUGUCUUGUAUGUUGAAUAGGUGAUACUGAAAGUAUAAGUAUUACAAUUAUUGUACUUGUACAGUUGACUAGUAUAAGUACCUAAAAUAUCAUGUACUAUAUUACUGCAAGAUGAAUUUGGUUUUUUUAUUUAAUUUAGUUUGUUUUAGCUAAAAUAUUACAUAUGUGGAAGAAAUAAAAAAUGCUGAUAUUUAAAUUCAA